UGAGAGCUGUUGCAGAACGAGAGAAGGCGAGAGCUGUGGCGAGAUUGAAGACGAGACAGACGACGGACGACGCGGUCUGGACUGGUAUUUUGGAUUUCGCGACCAAGAUCAUGACAGGUGGCGAUUCUACAAAGUCAACCCAUCAUGUUUGGACACCUGAGGAAGACUCUCUUCUUGUGCAAUCCUUGCUUCAGCUUCGUGAUGAUGGGACCUUGGUUGCAGAUAAUGGGUUUAAGGCUGGAGGUUUAAAGAAGUUGCAAAGAAUGAUAGAGGAGAAGUCACCUGGAUGCGAGAUACUAGCUGUACCUCACAUUCAAUCUCGUUUGAAGACCUUGAAGACUAGUUGGCAGGUCAUAUAUGAUAUGUUAUAUGGCUCAAACACAUCUGGAUUUGGUUGGGACCCCGACAAACAAUGUGUCACAGCAGACAAGGAAGUGUGGGAUGAGUAUGUUAAGAGCCAUAAAAAAGCUGCUCAUUUCAAGAACAAACCCUUUCCUCUCUUUGAUGCACUAUGCUCUAUAUUUGGAAAAGAUAGAGCUGUAGGAAAAGGGUCACUUUCAAGCAAUGAUGUGCAUGAGGUUGAAGCUGAUACAGAGUUUGAUACAAUAGCUACUAAUGUUGAUGAAGAUACUGUGGAUAUUGGACUAGAGAUGGAUCCAUCAAUUACAUUCUCAGACCAUCCAUCAGAAAACACAAAUGUUGGCACUUCUAAGUCUAAGAAAAGGAAAAGAACUAGUCAAGAUCGUGAUGAGUUUUUGACUGAGGCACUUAAAGAGAUGUUAGCAGCUACUUCCCAAGACAUCAAGGAUUCCUCUGCCCAAUUAGGAGCUCGUUUAGACAAGUUGGCUCGAGAAGCAAUGUUAGAUGCACGAAGAGAGGCUCUAUAUGAUGAGUUGUUGAAGGUUGAAGAUCUUACUGACAAUGAGCACACUGAUGCAUAUCUUAAAAUGAUAGGUGAUGAUAAAAUUCUUGUUGGAUUUCCUAACCUACCAGAUAAGGCUAAGGCAGCUGUGGUUCGUAAAAUACUUUAUGCAUAA